UUGACGUCUCGAGUCCAAAGAAAAUCUGACAACUUUGAAUCGUCGCAGAAGUCAAGAGCACAGAAUGAAUGUCGCUUUUGUAUACAAACGAACAAUUUUGACAAAGAAAACACAGAGGGAUGCCAUGGCAUUCACUUUCUGUAACAAUUUCUCUCAACGAGUGCUGCAGAAGAAUAUAUCAAGAGAAAGUGUUGGAACUUUCAAGAAGUAUUUUCUGACAGGAUGACGCCACAAUACAUUGUGGAACUCAUUUCUGUGACCAAAUGAAUUCCACAUUUUUAAGUUCAGACUUGACUAUUAUAUAACCUUCUUCCUCCACCUCUUGUAGCAGAACUUCGCACAUUUUGAUAUCUUAGCACGAGAAGCUUCAGUCAUAAUCAUAUCCGAGAUCAGGUGUAAGCUUUUAUCAAUAACAUAUCGAUUCAGGUGAUAUGAGCCCGAUUCAAAAGAUUCAGGAAUUGUGUGAACAAGCACCCUUGAUCACAAAGAACGUGUUGAAGAUAAUCAGAGGUUCUAUCUCGAAGGGAAUUCUUCAUUUCUGAUCCUCCUCUCGUCUCCGUGGUCAGUUCAUUGCUGUGAAACAAUUUUGGGAAAUGGGUUUUGUGAUGCCUAGAAAGAGCAAAGCCUAUUCCAAGCGAUUUCAAGUCAAGUUUCGCCGCAGACGCUCGGGAAAGACGGACUACUAUGCUCGAAUACGUCUGAAUGCACAAAGCAAGAAUAAGUACAACACCCCAAAGUACAGAUUCGUCAUUCGGUUCACAAACAAAGACAUUGUUGCACAAAUUUCUUAUGCUACCAUCGCAGGAGAUAGGGUAAUCGCGUGUGCUUACGGUCAUGAGCUCCCUCGUUACGGGAUCAAGGCGGGCUUGACCAACUACGCAGCAGCGUAUUGCGUUGGUCUUCUUCUGGCGCGGCGACUAUUGCAUCGCUACGAGCUUCAUGAGGAGUAUGCGGGGAACGUCGAGGAGAAUGUGGGACAAGAUUACAAUGUUGAAGAAUGUAGCAGCACCAAGAGACCUUUCAAGGUGUUGUUGGAUAUUGGGCUGGCCCGAACGACCACCGGAAGUAGAGUGUUCGGAGCCUUGAAGGGUGCUCUAGACGGAGGUCUGGACAUUCCUCACAGUGACAGAAGGUUUCGAGGAUACCACACAGGAGCCAAGAGAAUCCACGCUCAGCUGCACCGCAAGUUCAUCCUCGGAGGCCAUGUCGCCGAUUACAUGAUGCUCUUGCGCGACGAAGAUCCAGACAAGUACGAUGCUCAAUUCUCUCAGUACAUCAAGCAGGGCCUGGAAGCCGAGGAUCUCGAGCCAAUGUACACCUCGGCUCAUGCUGCCAUUCGCGCCGACCCUUCCUUCAUUUCCACGGAGAAAAAUCCGAAUGUUGUCAAAAGAUCAUGGAAGAUGAAAAGGUUGGGCUACGAAGAGCGCAAGCUGAACUUGUUAGCCAGGCUCAAGGCCUUCGACAGUGACGCUUAGAGUGGUCACCAUGGACGUAACUAUGGUUAGACUAAGCUCUUUUGAGAGUGAUUUGCGCAGUUGUGUAGUACAGUUUGUGUUCGACUCAAGAUCUAAACAUUUUCUGGGCAUUAAGUCAAUGACUCCAGCCGUUCAAGGGGAUGGCGAUUGCUGAAAAGAAGACGGUAUUGCCGCACCAUCUGUUUAUUCAUAUUCUAAUUCAUCUUUGGUGAGAUGGAUCUAAUUACUCUAUUGUAUGCUUUACAACUCUGAAUUCUGUGCUUUUAGCUGUUUGAUAUGACCGUUGAGAUGCUGGGUUCCGAGAGGAUGAUAUAUAGACUUUAAGAAUUCGAAA